UUGGUUUACAGUGACGUUCCAAAAGAGGAGCUCGCUAUCUAUGCUGAUGCACUUCUUCACUGUUUUCAUCAAGCGAACAGCCUUACGAGAAAUGCUGCACCCGUCUUGAAGCCAAACUCCAGGCGAACAGUUUGGAAAGGAGUACAGAUGGCCUACACAGAGCUACUAAGAGUAGGAGCUAAGAACUAUCCAUCUUAUCAUCCAGAGCGUAUUGCUUUGCUAGAUGAUCUUGCAUAUCUCUGUCAUCUGUACGCUGAUAUUUGUGAUCAGGCUACGGUAACCAUCUGCAUGAUAGAAGCAGCUAGGGCAAGAGCUUCAGAUGAAAAAUUGGAUGAAAUGGAUCGUAUAAAAACAGCACAGCGUCUGAAGGAAAUUGACCAUCAUUUAUUGGAAUGCCGUCGACUUCAGAGGCUUCAAGAAUUACGCACUACUAAAACGAAGAAACCCUGCAAACUAAAGCGACUGUGGAAGCUCAUCUUCCGACGUUCCAAACCGUGUAAAUAG